AUGGAAGAGAAGCUUUAUGCCAAGUUCUCAAAGUGUGAGUUUUGGCUUGAUUCUGUGGCCUUUUUGGGGCAUGUGGUGUCCAAAGAAAAUUUUCAACUAGAUCCACUCAAGAUUGAAGCAGUGAAGGGUUGGACCAGACCUACAUCGAGUGUGAGUUUCGAGUGGUCUGAUGAGUGUGAGGAGAGCUUUCAAAAUCUCAAAGACCCUGUUGACUCGGCUCUUGUUUUGACCUUACCCAAGGAGGGUUUGGACUUCACCGUGUACUAUGAUGCUUCAGGAGUCAGAUUAGGUGGUGUUCUGAUGCAAAAAGGCAAAGUGAUUGCCUAUACCUCUAGAUAG